AUGGCCACGGUUGUCCUUGCACAACAAGGCCAAGGGAGCCAAGGAGGGCAUGGCAGCGCGGAGAACAGUGACAGCCAGUUUUUUAAUGCCCUACAAAUGUCGUACGCUCAUUUUAUACUCAUAGCUAUGGCUGGGACCGUAGCCUUAUAUUUUGUUUGGACCAUGAUGAUGACUCUCAAUGCUCACAUGCGGCGUUUACAUGGACUCGGUAACGACACGCAGAGGUUCUUUGCUCGUGAUGACUACCGUAUGUCCUGGCUGAAAAGAAACAUCGUUGAUGCUCCCCUUUUCCGCGUUCGCCAUAACCGCGAGUUCCAAUUGUCCCAAGCGAUUAAUAUGGGCACGCUCCCCAGCCGCUUUCAGGCUCUCUGCUUGACAGGUCUCAUUGUUAUGAAUGUUGUGCUGUGUGUCUUGCAUAUUCCUUUCAGCCAAGGCGUGGGGUCGUUUGCCGAUAUCCUGAGAAAUCGCACCGGUACUCUUGCUACGGCUAAUUUGAUUCCUCUUGUGAUUCUGGCUGGCCGCAACAACCCCCUCAUUCCAAUGGUUGGGUUGUCCUUCGAUACGUGGAACUUUUAUCAUCGCUGGCUCGCUCGAAUUGUGGUUCUAGAAGCUAUUGCACACACAGUUAGUUGGAUCGUCGCCGCGGCUGACGAGAGAGGAUUGGCUGCCAUUGCAGCCGCGUUCCACGAAAGUGAAUUGAUUAUGACUGGUUUGAUUGCCGUUGUUGGUUUCGCUGCUCUUGGCCUCACCGCAUCUUCCCCUCUACGACAUGCCUUUUACGAAACAUUCCUUCAUCUUCACAUUCUACUGGCGCUUAUGGCUUUUAUUGCUCUUUGGUAUCACUUGAAAGAUCUACCCCAGCGGAUUUAUCUCUUAAUCACGUUGAUUGCGUGGGGUGUUGAGCGAUUUGUCCGUUUCGCCAUAAAUGCUUACCGUAACUUCUUCGGCCGCAAAACUACGGCUGUUGUGCAAGCACUUCCAGGUGACGCUAUGCGCAUUACGUUGAAGCUGGCUCGGCCUUGGACUGUGCGCCCAGGCCAGCACAUGUACUUGUACAUCCCUUCAGUUGGGCUCUGGACCUCUCAUCCAUUUAGCGUAGCUUGGAGUGAGCGCCAACAAGUUUUGACCAAAGAAAAGGGUCUUAUCAUGACUCGGCAAGAUUUGAUGGUGGCGCAGAAAGAAACUAUCUCGCUUCUUGUUCGUCGUCGCACUGGAUUUACCAAUACUUUGUAUAAACGAGCUUCGAAAGAGCCUGACGGACAAAUAUCAUUAUUUGCCCUUGCUGAAGGACCAUACGGUGGCCUCCAUAAUCUCGACUCGUAUGGAUCAGUGGUUCUAUUUGCUGGAGGCGUAGGCAUUACUCACCACGUGCCAUUCGUCCGCCAUCUCGUCCAGGGCUAUGCCGACGGUGUUGUCGCCACUCGUCGAGUGACCCUGGUCUGGUCCAUCCAGUACCCUGAGCAUCUCGAAUGGAUCCGGCCAUGGAUGACCACGAUUUUACAAAUGGAGCGUCGCCGUGACAUCCUGCGCGUGAUGCUUUUCAUCACCCGUCCUCGCAACACCAAAGAAAUCCACAGCCCCAGUUCAACGGUUCAGAUGUUUCCUGGCCGACCCAAUAUCAACACCGUGCUUGACAUGGAAAUCGAAAACCAAGUCGGCGCUCUGGGCGUGAUGGUAUGUGGUAGUGGCGGGAUGGCCGAUGAUGUUCGUCGUGCCUGUCGUGAGAGGCAAGCAAUUAGCAAUAUUGAUUUUAUUGAAGAAAGCUUCACUUGGUAG